ACUAAGUAACCCAGAACAAGAAUCGAGGAGGAAUAAGAAGUCGAAUCAAACUACAUCAGCAUGCUAUGUAACAGGAACAACAACACAGCAGUGGCGGCUUGUGACGUGGUCACUUAAGAAAUUUCUUAAAUCAGCCAUUUUUGGAAGUACAUAUGUCCGUUGAGUGAAUGGGUUUGACAAGCUUGUAGAGAGAGAGGUUCUCGGGUGGAGGUGGACUUCUUCUUGAAUUGUAGGCUAUGAGUGUGUGUGAUGGAGGAUAGUCAAUGUGGGGACUUGGACUACUUGAUCCAAGAUGAGGACACCAUCAUUGAGGGUAUCAGCAACCAGGUCUUGUUUGUUGUGGUCCUCAGUUUCACUUUCCUUGCCGGGCUCCUCACUCUCCUCUGCAGGCAGGAGGAACAAAACAUCCAUCCGGAGAAUCAGGAGCAUGUUCGAGCUGUCCGCCAGCAGCUCCAGACUGAGCAGGAUGAAAACCCCCAGGCUGAGGCCAGGCAGCAGUACUACACAGAUAUGUCCUGCCCUGUGUGUUUACAACAGGCUGUUCUGCCUGUAGAAACCAACUGUGGGCACCUUUUCUGCGGCUCCUGCAUCAUAGCUUACUGGAGGUUUGGCACCUGGUUGGGUGCGAUCAGCUGCCCAAUCUGCAGACAAACGGUAACGCUGCUCUUCCCACUUUUUCAUGAGCACGCUGCUCCUCAGAGGGUGCAGGAUGGCGAGGCACAACCACAGCUCAUAUUAAGAGACAUCCACGAUUACAAUCGAAGGUUCUCCGGCCAGCCCAGAUCUCUUAUGGACAGGCUGCGAGAUGUCCCCACCUUGCUUCGUCACGCCUUCAGGGAAAUGUUCUCCGUGGGCGGCCUCUUCUGGAUGUUCAGGAUCCGAAUCCUCCUGUGCCUGGUCGGUGCCAUCACCUACCUGGCCUCGCCGCUCGACAUCAUUCCCGAAGCUCUCUUCGGCCUCCUGGGUUUCAUGGACGACUUCUUCGUAAUCCUGCUCCUGUUUGUGUACAUCUCUAUCAUGUACAGAGAGGUGGUCACGCAGAGACUGAACGGGUAGGCGAUCACUCAAAGAGCAGGUCUGAAUUAAGCCUUUUGGAAGAAUGAGCGUAUCUGUGGUGGAUGUGCACAAAUCCUGAAUAAAUGUUCAAAGAUGAGCCCAUCCCUGACACUGGUUUUCGUCAGUUUGGUUUACUUUAAAACACGGAGUGUUCAUUUGCUCUGCUUGGUUCAUACAUUUACUUAAAAUCCCAUGACGGAACAGCGAACUGUUUCCAGCCACUUUAAUGUCAGCAGCCAUUUAGUCAAUGUGAAUAUGAUCAUUACAGAGACAGUUUUGUAAUGUAACAACACUUUGGACGUAUUGUGUUGCUUCGGGGUCUUGAAUAAAUUGAUUUAAAGGUGACUUGCAGAAUCUGGAACGUGAGAUCUCUUUUCUUAAGGCUGGCAUUUUGUAGCCUGUUUGGUAAGUUGGAAAAUGCAUUUCAGUAAUCUGUAAACAUUAAUAUGAUUUAUUCGAAAACUACAACUUGCUAAAAUGGGGUAAAAAUAGGAAAACAGGUCAGAUGGAUUUGACUGCAACUUUUCAAAUAUCACAAUUCAGUCCUCAAUGAUGUUAAAAAUCCAGCAUGCAUCCAGGGAUAGUGAGGAAACAGCAUGCAGUUGAUCUGUUUGAAUAGCUCGUUCUUCUGGAUAAACAAAAAAGUAAUGCAAUGAUUUCCCCACCCCAAAAAUACAGCCAAACUUGCAAAAAAGAGUAAAGAAACAAUCUUGGACAGUUUUUGAAUGUAAAUUAUCACUCUAUUAGGAAUGCUAAUGAUUAUUUGGAUGUUUACCUUUUAACUCUAAAUGUAAUGUAGGGCAAGAUGUUUGAGUUAUUUGCCUAUUUAUUUUAUCAUUCGAUUUGUAAAAGAAACCAAAAAGUAAGUAAAAAUGAACAUUUAGCACAUUUCUAUGUUCUUUUUUAAUUCAUUUGUUUUGCAAAUGAGAAAUGUGUUCUAAAACAUUCUGAGAAAGGUUCUGUAUUUUCCCCCGGCUGUGAGAUGAGACGGUGACGUCUCUGUGGCCAGUGCUGUAUAUGUUUAUGCAGUUUGUGUUCUCUGCCUUUUUCAACACCUGAAAAAUGAUGCUGUUCAGCUGCAUAGUUUUGACCAGUUUUGCCCCAGAAAAUUAAAAAAGAUCUAUUAUCAUGCUAAAGGGAGCAAACAAUUAAAAGGCAGUGGUUUUCAGAGCAUGUCACUUGUGGAUUUUAUCAGAUAAGAAAAUCCUAGUAAGUCCUAAUAACUUUUUGAAAAGUUUGUAAUCUCUAAAAAUUCAAUUCUGUUUGUUCUUAUUAAAUAUAUUCAUCUCAUAUUUGUUCUCUUACCAACGUAAUUGGUUGAACAAUGGUCUAAUACAUUUUGGUAAUUAAACAUAUAUAAUUCAUUUAUAUAACAAG